UGCAGUUCUCGCGAUAACUCAUUUUUCAAGCUCUAUGACCCAGAUUAAAUGGCUACCAAAAGUUAGCAUUUAUACAUUUGGGAAAUUUUCAUGAUUGGUGAUGGAUAGAGUUGCUCUGUACUGUACUAACUGUUCCUACUGAAGUAAAUGACACGCAUGCACUGCCGGCUGCCCCACAGUAACGACAGAAGGAUGUCCAUUUUAAUCAGAAAACCAAGUUAACGUUAGCAUUGAAGUCACAGGCAAGACUCGGAGACGUCUGAGGAUUCACGUUAGCAACAGUGGCAGGUACCGUAGCAACUGCGGACGCUUGUUUCCUUCACCGUUUCAGCUACCAGAGCAUGCCGACAGCUGCUUCGCCUGAUUUGCAGGGGACCAACAGAGCAAGAGACCAUGAGACUGAAAACAACUCUGCUAAAGGAACCCAAACAUAAAGAACUUGUGAGUUGUGUUGGCUGGACCACAGCAGAUGAGCUGUACUCGUGCAGUGAGGAUCAUCAGAUCCUCAAGUGGAACUUGCUGACCAGUGAGACCAGUCUGGUUGUCAAAUUGCAGGAGGACAUUUAUCCCAUUGAUCUACACUGGUUCCCUAAAACUGUUAGUGGCAAGAAACAGACCCAGGCGGAGAUCUUUGUCCUUACCAGCACUGAUGGGAAAUUCCACCUGGCAUCCAAGAUAGGACGCAUUGAGAAGAGUGUUGAAGCACACAAAGGAGCUGUUUUAGCUGGAAGAUGGAACUAUGAUGGGACUGCUCUUAUUACUGCUGGAGAAGAUGGACAGAUCAAGAUCUGGUCAAAAAGCGGCAUGCUACGCUCAACACUAGCCAGCCAAGGAUCUCCUGUGUACUCUGUGGCCUGGGGUCCAGACUCAGACAGAAUCCUCUACACAUCAGGAAGACAGCUAAUUAUCAAGCCUCUGCAACCCAGCGCCAAAGUCAUACAGUGGAAGGCUCAUGAUGGGGUUGUUCUGAAGGUGGACUGGAAUUCUGUCCAUGACCUCAUCCUGUCAGGUGGAGAAGACUGUAAAUAUAAGGUAUGGGACAGCUUUGGCCGUCUGCUUCACUCCUCGUCAUCUCAUGACUACCCGAUCACCUCUUUGUCCUGGGCUCCAGAUGGGGAGGUGUUUGCUGUGGGCUCCUUCAACACCCUGCGGCUCUGUGACAAGACCGGAUGGUCCUAUGCAUUGGAGAAACCCAACACAGGCAGCGUGUUCAGCUUGGCCUGGUCUGCAGACGGUACCCAGUUGGCCGGGGCCUGUGGCAAUGGACAUGUCAUUUUUGCCCAUGUGGUGGAGCAGCAUUGGGAGUGGAAGAACUUUGUGAUCACCCUUACAAAGAGGAGAACCAUGCAGGUGAGGAAUGUGCUGAACGAUGCAGUGGACGUAUUGGAGUUUAGAGAUCGAGUCAUCAAAGCCUCUCUGGCAUACGGUCACCUAGUGGUCGCCACUUCCCUCCAGUGCUAUGUCUACAACUCAAGAAACUGGAAUACUCCUCUCAUCUUUGACCUAAAGGAGGGAACAGUCAGCCUCAUCCUGCAAGCAGAGAAACAUUUUCUAUUAGUGGAUGGAGCAGGGUUGUAUAUAUUCUCUUACGAGGGUCGUUUGAUAUCUUCCCCCAAGUUUCCUGGUAUGAGAGCUGACAUCCUAAAUGCCCAGUGUGUCUCACUUAGUAACGACACCAUCGCCAUCCGAGACAAGAGUGACGAAAAAGUCAUCCUUCUCUUUGAUGCUCUGACUGGAAAAGCCCUUGGUGAUGGAAAGCCUUUAACUCACAAGCUGGAAGUGGUGGAGAUAGCUCUGGAUCAGUGCGGCCCCUCCACUGAGAGGAAAAUUGCCCUGAUAGACAAGAACCGUGACCUCUACUUGACCUCUGUGCGUCAUCUUGGACGAGAACCCAAAAUCUGCAAAAUCGGUAGCAUGGUUCACAGUAUGGCAUGGAAUGAUGCUGCUAACAUCUUGUGUGGCAUCCAAGACAACCAGUUCACAGUGUGGUACUACCCAAGUGUUGUCUUUACUGACAAAGAACUACUACCAAAAACACUGUACAUAAAGGACGGGAGUGAGUUCAGCCGUGCACCCCACAUUCUGAACUACGUUGGCACAAAGGUGACAUUACGCCAAGGAGACGGUUCACUGGUGUACAGCAGCGUACUUCCCUACCCUGCCCUCCUGCACGAAUACAGCACCUCUGCACGGUGGGAGGAUGCACUACGCCUCUGCCGCUUUGCCAAAGACCAAUCCUUGUGGGCUUGUCUCGCUGGAAUGGCGAUGGCAAACAGAGAGCUAACCACAGCGGAGAUGGCCUAUGCUGCCAUUGGAGAAUUACCUAGGGUGCAGUACAUCAACUUCAUAAAGGAACAGCCAUCUAAAGAGUCGUCUUUAGCCCACAUGCUGAUGUUCAGCGGUCAGGUCCAGGAAGCCGAGGCCACUUUGUUGCAAGCUGCUCUCAUCUACCAGGCCAUUCAGAUCAACAUUGACCUUUUCAACUGGGAGAGGGCACUGGAGCUGGCAGUCAAACACAAGACCCAUGUGGACACAGUGCUGGCCUAUAGGGAGAAGUUUCUGCAGAAAUUUGGCAGAAAGGAGACCAAUAAGAGAUUCUUGCAGUACUCUGAAGGGGUUGAGGUGGACUGGGAAAAAAUCCAGGCGAAGAUAGAGAUGGAGUUAUCCAAAGAGAGAGAGAAAGCUGCGAGCCUCUCUGUGAGGAGCAGUGUGACCUCACGGCGUUAAUUUUAGGUGGUUCGGCUCUACUUGGGUGUAAAAGUAUUCUAUACUUGAGGUACAAUGCCCACCAUAAGUUACGAGUACAUGAGCUUCAUAUAAAAACAAAAGGAACAUUUGGAGAUGAGAAGAUUAGCAGGUCACGAAGAACUCAUUACACUACAGACACUUGUGAUAUAUGCAGUGUCAUACAAAACAUUUGCACUGUAGAUGGUAGUUUAUUAUAAUGAGUGGAAGAUACAACUUUUGAUCUGUAUUUUUCAGCAAACAACAAAUAUGGCAUUUCAGUCAUAGUGAGUGAUUUUAGUGUGACGUACAAAGUUUAUUGCUAUAUUUUUCAAUUUGUCAAAGUUCCAUUUAUAUGCUUAGUCAUGCACAAAUGUUCGCUUUGUUUUUUUUUCAUUUGGGUUUUACUUUGUGUUUCUGUAUGGAAAGAUAUUUUUACAGUUUAUACAUUCAAAGCGUUGCCUUCUGGAAACACUUCAGAGAAUGUCAGAUAAUAAAGCACAUGGAACUACUGUA